AGACAGACAGACAGACUGACUGAGAUCUUCCAUGCACUGGUUCACUUCCGAAAUGGCCACAAUGGCCAGAUCUGGGCCCAGCCAAAGUCAGGGUCCAGGAGCUUACUCUUGGUCUACAAAGUGGGUGCAGGGGCCCAAGCUCUUGGGCCAUCUUCUGCUGCUUUCCCAGGCAUUAGCAGGGAACUGGAUUGGAAGUGGAGCAACAGGGACUCAAGCUGGUUGCCUAUAUAAGAUGUUGGCACUGCAGAUGGUGGCUUAACCUGCUACGCCACAUAAUUGGCCCCCAGUAUUUUAUUUCUUAACAUAGUAUCUUUAUUUCUCUGGAAAAUAAUUAAUGUUGUAUAAUUCUAGGAAAAGUCCUGUUUUUUUUUUUUUAAUUUUUUAUUUCCUUAGUUCUUUUUUACUGUGUUAAAAGCUCAGAAAAGCCAGAAUGAGUUUGAAUAGCUGAGGUUCAGUUGUUUCUGGGGUGAGUCAGUUUUAAAUUUAUAUCUCUGUGGCUAAGAAUCAUUUGCAUCACUACACAGUUGAGUAUCCCUAUCCUAGAAUUCCAAAGUUGUAAAUGCUGCAAAAUCUGAAAUUUGUUGACAACUACAUGACAUUACAAAUGGAAAAUUCUAUACCUGACUUUAUGUGACAGGGUCAUAGUAAAAAUGCAGGUUCUUGAAAAAUGUAUGAAAUUACCUUCAGACUUUGUGUUUAAGGUGUAUAUGAGACAGAUGAAUUUUGAAUGAAGACUUGGGUCUCAUCCCCAAGAUGUCUCAUGUAUGUGUAAAAAUUGCAACAGCUAAAAAAAAUCCAAAAUCCAAAACACUUCUCAUUCCAACCAGUUUGGAUGACAUUUUCAAAGACAAUGAAGGCCUAGAAUACAGAAUGAGAUUACCCCUCAGGAUAUACCAGACAACACCUCUACUGCACAGCACACCCAGCCAUCUUUAACUCUUUUUGUGACAGAAAAUAACAUUUAAAGCUUAGAACUCAGUACUUGGGAGCAUUUUUAUAGGAGUUCAAUAACUGAUUGAAUGGAAAUGCGUUUAAGUAUGUUCAUUUAGUUCUCCUAUCUGGAGAAACAAGCAUAUUCUGAGAAAAUAGGCUUAUUUUGAUUACGUGGUUAUUGUAUGCUGUUAGAUUAGGAUUAGAAAGUAGGUCCUAAGCGUGGGAUUCGGUGUCCUUGCAAAUGGCUGCACUAGGUGUUUUCUUUCAUAGUGUGAAUUGUGUGAAAAUGCCUAAAUUAAAAAAUUGUGCUCUGCUAUGGUAGUAAAUGUAAUUUUGUUGCUUGCAGUUUUAAGGAGUGAUGAUGCUGUUUCUUCCCGGGAAUAGGGAUCUUUGCACACUGAUAAAGCAGGCUAGCAUAUUCAGCGUAUAUUUCAGCUAGCAUAAUCCAUUGCCUUAAAAAACAUUUUUAUCUGCUUUUUAGCUUCAGGGUUCAUCAAAAAUUUCUUCUUAAGAGCUGAAAAAAUAUGCAGGGGCUGAUGUAGAAUGCAAAAUGAAGGAGAAGCUUAGCUUUGCUGUGGAGUCUGAGCUGGGUGUAACCUAACUAGCUAGAGGAUAUGUAAUUCCUGAUUGACAGCAGGACCAGCAUUAUGCAGAUUUUGUAAGGGAGAACACUCAGCUCAGAAAUAGUGAUUAGGGGCUCUGUUAGGAAUCACUGCAUUCACCACUCCUGUCUUUCAGUUUUCUGUCUACUGAAUUUGUAAACAACCAGCACAAAACAGUUCCUCUUUUGUUUUUAUUAAAGUGAUAUUGCAGUGCAGUUUCAGUCUAUCAACCAGGAAUACAUGUGUGGAAAUGCAAUAUUUUCACUUAAUUACCUUAUUUUUAGCUGAGUUCCAUGCUUAUCUGUAGACCUUUGUGCAUUAAAUCCUAUCUCGAGCCGUUCUCUUUAUACACAAGUGUGUUUUGCUUGUGCCUUCCUGUCUUCUUCAGUGGGAAGCUUUAUGUAGGUCAGGCUUGGCUUAAGCAGAUUUCCUGAACCUGCGUCAGCUUAAGCUGGAGGAAUUUUAAUAAACCCUCCCCUGUAGGCGUGGGCCUAAAUGAAGCUAGCCUAGUUAAGCCUGAUCUUUUUCUGUUUGUGAAAAGAGCUGAACAGAGCUGAAGGCUGCAUGGUGGCUUCAGGAGCUGCCUACUUAAUUUGAAGAGAACAAUGGUAGGAAAGGCUAGAUCUUCCAAUUUUACCUUAUCUGAAAAGCUUGAUUUGCUAAAGCUUGUGAAGCCAUAUGUGAAAAUUCUUGAAGAACACACUAAUAAACAUUCAGUAAUAGUGGAAAAGAAUAGAUGUUGGGAUAUCAUAGCUGUUAACUAUAAUGCAAUUGGAGUAGACCGCCCUCCUCGAACAGCGCAGGGCCUACGCACCCUUUACAAAAGGCUCAAAGAAUAUGCCAAACAGGAGCUAUUGCAGCAAAAAGAGGCCCAAUCAGAUUUUAAAAGCAAUAUUUCUGAGCCAACCAAGAAAGUUAUGGAGAUGAUUCCCCAGAUUUCCAGUUUUUGCCUGGUAAGAGACAGGAACCACAUACAAAGUGCAAACUUGGAUGAGGAGGCACAGGCUGGUACCAGUUCUCUACAGGUAAUGUUGGACCACCAUCCUGUUGCCAUUACAGUAGAGGUGAAGCAAGAAGAAGACAUUAAGCCACCUCCUCCACUGGUUUUAAAUCCUCCACAGAGUGAUGCUUUAGAGCAAAGAGAAGAGAAUGAAUUAGUGCAUGCCAUGGAAAGAUCUGUGUCGCCAUCCCUCUCCUCUGUUGACAUGAGAAUGACGUCGUCUCCAUCUCCUGUCCCAAGGAGAGAUGAUUUUUUUCGGCAUGAGAGUGGAGAACACUUUAGGUCACUUUUAGGGUGCGAUCCUCAGAUCCUGCAGAUUUUGAAAGAGGAGCAUCAGGUAAUUUUAGAAAAUCAAAAAAAUUUUGGGUUGUAUGUUCAGGAGAAGAGGGAUGGAUUGAAAAGAAGGCAGCAGCUAGAGGAAGAGCUACUAAAAGCAAAAAUUGAAGUGGAGAAGCUGAAAGUAGUUCGCUUACGGCAUGGUCUACCUGAAUAUAAUAGUUUCUAAAAUUUUUUUUUUCAGGCUCGCAAUUUGAUAGUUUAAAUUUUAGCUAGAUUGCUUUAAUUCAGGAAUACCCUGAUGCAGAACACAUAUCCUUGGAAAAUGUAAUUAAUCUCUACUAUGGAAAAACUGUUUGACUUUUUUCUAGUUAUUUAAUUUUCUUGUAAUGUAUUAAAACUUGCUGAUUGAUUGGCACAGUUAAAUUUUUCAUUGUCUUCUCCCAUUUUUUUCCUAAGAAAUUAAUUGUUGACCUUACAAAGGGUGCUUUGUGUCAGUCAUUAAAAUACACAUAAUACAUACACAAACACAUUCAUAUUCUUUGAAAAUUCUGAGUCUUCAAUAUAUUUAAUUGGAACUUUGAAAGCUAUAGCUAAGAUUUUCAGUCUAAUUUAGAAGCUAUCCUCCUCUAAUAACAAGAAGCUUAUCUAACGUUGGUUUUCAUGAUUUCAUCCUUUGAAACAGAAGUCCAAGUUUUCCUUACCUCUUUGGAGGCAAGGAAAUGGAGAUACAGGGAGAGAACUCAGUGACUUAUCUGAGGGAGCAAAGCUGUUUAUGGCAGAGCCAGCAGCAGUAUUCAGGUUUUCUUUGUGUAAUUUUUCCCUUUGCUCUUCUACAGAACUAAAAAUCCACAAAAGUUUGUCUAGAUUUAAAAAUUAGAAGAAUUUAUUUCAUUACAAUUGCCUCUAAAAUUUGUUAGGUUAUAAAAUUAAGGGAAUUGUAUCACUACCCCAUCUCCCUUCUCUUUUCUGUCCAGAAAAAUAAGAUAAUAGUCCAUUGAAGGUAUUAUGUAUUUGAGCUGUAAGGUUUAAGGUUGUGUCUUAACUCAUUUUAAAUGUUUUAUUCAGAAAGCAGUUUGUUUCACAGUAAAAAUUAAAAACUUAAAAUUUUACUGAGCAUGAUAUAACAAAAAUCAUGUUUAUAAUAUAUGAUAUAAUCCAUAGUCAUUUUUUUUGUAAAUCUUGCUAUUUUAAUACUUACAAAAGCUUGAUUCUUAAAGCACACUUAAUUAAAUUUAUGUUAAGUCUUUAAUGUGCAUUACUUAAGAAUUUCUAUUUUUGCUGUGAUUUUGUUGGGGAAGGAUUUUUUUUUUUUAAUUUAUUUGACAGGUAGAGAUGUAAAUAGUGAGAGAGAGAUACAGAAAAGUCUUUCUUCCGUUGGUUCACCCCCCCCAAAUGGCCACCAUGGCCGGCGCUGCGUCGAUCUGAAGCCAGGAGCCAGGUGCUUCUUCCUGGUCUCCCAUGCGGGUGCAGGGCCCAAGCACUUGGGCCAUCCUCCACUGCACUCCUGGGCCACAGCAGAGCUGGACUGAAAGAGGAACAACCAGGACAGAACCCAGUGCCCAUAUGGGAUGCCGGCGCCACAGGUCGAGGAUUAACCAAGUGAGCCACGAUGCUGGCCCCCGGGGAAGGAUUUUAGACAAAGCUUUAGAAUGAGAUAAGUUGAAUUUUAGCAGUAUAUGGAGAAAAUACUUCGAGUGAGCAGCUUCAGAAAAAGAAAGAAUGGGAAAAAGUAGAUCAGGGAAUGCAAGCAUAAAUGCAGUGCUAAGCCAGGGGAUUGUUAGGGAGCAUAGACAGAUUUAGUUUGGGCUGUGGUAAUCUGGUCUAGGGCUUCUCCCUGGACUAAAUGGGGUGGCUGCUGUUUAGCUCCAGGAGAAUUUUUACAUGCAGGAAUAGGAACCUGCAUUUUUUAUGUGAAAUUUUCUUAUUUUAAAAUGUUUGCAAAUACUUAAAAAUGCUUUUAAAGAACUCUAUAGACAGCUUAUCAGUGGGCCUCAUUUGGCCAAUGAGGUUCCAGUUUGUGGCCUUUGGAGUAGAGCAGUGGUUUUCUGUGUGUGAGUCCUGACCAGCAGCAUCAGCAUUACUUGAGAGCUUGUCAGAAAUGUAAAUCCAUUCUAACUGAAUUAUGAACAUGGGAUGCUAUCUAGCAGUCUGUUUAACUAGGCCCCCUAGAGAGUCAUGGUAGCUAAAGUUUAACAACCAAUGAAAUAGAGUUUUUUGGAACUGACCUUGAUGCUUAAGUCAUCAUAGAUUCUUAAAAAUUUUUGUUGAAAGAGUGGGAGAAGGUGAACUGAGGGCAAUUGAUUUGGGUGUUGGUUGAUAACAGAUUAUGGAUUACAUUGGGUAUUACUCAUAAGGAAUUAGAUUAAACUGAGUGUAUGAUGGGAAGCCAUUGAAGGCUUUUUUUAGGGGAAUGAUAUUAUUAUAGUUGUGGUUCAGUAAUAGUGUUAUAAUAGUAUUUAAAAGCAGGCAGUUUAGUGAGAGGAAAUUAUAUCAGAAAUUUAGGUUAUGGCUAUAGAAAUAGAAAAAAUAAACAUGAAAUGAAUUCUUAGGAUAGUGUUUUAGGCUGCUGAUUACUCAGUUUUAUUGAUUGAAUUAAAAAGGUGUUUUAUAGCUUCUUAGGGUUCAUUUUUUGUUAUAAAAAUGUGUUGAAUAUUUGCGGAGUCUUAAAAAAGUUCAUGGAAUAUCUGUAUUAUGAAAAAAACUAUGCAUGGAUUUGAAAAAAUUUUUGCACCAAAAUAAAUGUCUUUUAAUUCCAUUUUUCGCAAACUUUUGAAGUACCCUUGCAUAUGAUAUGUCCUUCAAUGAUUUUAUCUUCUCUCUUUAAUUUGUGCUGUGACUUUCCUUUGUGUGUACUGAAUCUUUUGAGGUUAUGUUUUUUAUAAUAUAAUCCUAGUAAAUACGUCUUUAUAAUAAUUUUAACUUUUUGAAAUUAUCAAAAGCAUAUUACUAUACAAAAUGUAAUUCAUAUUAUAAUUUCAGCAUGCUACUGUUAAAAGUUUAUAAUGAAUAUUUAACUUGAGUGUUGACAUGUAUAGUAAAAUCAGUUUUUCAAAGAAUGUUCUAUGGAAUAUUUCUGUGAGAUGUUUCUAGAAAGUAGUUCUGUAUUCAAAAAAAGUACAACAUAUUUUUUGGUGGUUAGGUUCUAAAAUUAGUGUGGAAGUUAAAAAUUAUGUAUACACAGAAUUGCCCUUGAAAAUUCCUUUGCUCAUAAAAUAGUAUAAACAUAUUUAUAGUAGUAUAAUUUAUUUUUUCCAGCAUUGUUAAAGGUAGCUUUUUCUUUUGUUAUAUCCAGUGGUACAGUUCGUUAGCAUUAGGAGACCUGUGUAAAAUGAGAACCCUUACUUUUACAUGUUUGUAAACACCAGAAUUACACUCAAUGCUGUGAGUUUACUGCAGCAAUUUUUUUCCAAGUGAAUAUUGUUUAAUUUUAAUUUGCAAAAGUUUAAAUGCAUAUAAUUCUGGUCCAUUUUCUGCCUACUUUCCCUGUGAAACUAAAUAGCCUGAUAUAAUCUUUGAAAAUUUCUGCAAAAAGAAAAUUCCCAACUUGGUCACAGAACCCUUUCUAGAAGGCUAUUAAUAUUUCUACAGAGUGUCUUAGGGAUUCUGACCUAAACCUUUAUUUUCCUUCUUUUUGAUACUGAGAAAUUUUUUGAGUUUGGAGACUGCUUACCAACUUACAUUAGCAGUUUUUGCUGAGGACAGGUUUCUGUAAGGGGAAUGUAUAGGGAAGAAUUCUGCUGGAACCAAUGGAAUAUGCACAGAAGCCACCAGGCAUCCUGCAUACUAUAAGGAACUGUGUGAUGCCAGUUUUACCUACAAAAUGUAAUGAUAGGAAAACAAAGAGUGAUUUUGUUUUUGUUUUAGACUUAAUUCUAUUGGAAUAUAUUCAAUUUGAUAGGCUAAGUCAAAAGAUUAUUUCAUACAAUAUGUUAGUAAUUUAGAUAGCAGAUAGAUAAAUUUUGCCACUUUUCUGUUAACCAUAUGAAUGUCAAUGGAUAUGUUGUUAUUCUAAACUAGGUAGGAUUUGUAAUGACUUCUUGAGAAAAAUUAAUUUAACUCUUUGAUCUCUAACCCUUGCCGGAUUUCUUAAAAUAUUUAAAUUCUUUUCUCUCUUGUGUAAUGAGACAUUUACUUGGUAUUACUUCAUUUUUGAAAGAGUUUCAUCUUUACUUAUGUGAAAAAUGUUUAAAAUAUGAAUUAUUUUUCAUGUGCCUUCUUUUAGAGUCAUGUCAGAUUUUAAAUAGACAUGUUUAGUAACUUAGAAUAUAAUAAAUUGUAUUGAAAAUAUAGAUGAUGAUGGUUACAUUCUUUGUUAAUCCAUGUUCAUUUAAAUACAAGAAAAAUUCAUUGUACUGAUCUGUGUACUCUUUUUGUGUCUCAUAACAUUGUGAGGUAGCCCCUGGCUAGGCUUGGUCCAAAUUCUUUUCUCCAAGUAAGAAGGAAUUCAAGGAGGAAAUGUAGAUAAAGGUCAACAGAGAAGCAAGAUUUAUUAAUAAAGGCAAAGUGGAACCACAUACUCAGUGAGGAGUGGGUGCAAACUCAGGAGUGAGAGCUACAGUGAACAGUUCAGGGCUGAACUUUUAUACCAUCUAGAGGCAUAGGGGUUGGUGUCUGGAGCUGGGCUCGAUUGAGUAGUAUUCCAAGGAGGCCGAGUUUGGGGUGAGGGGAGGAGGGAGACUUGUGUACCACCCAGUUCUUUGCCCUUUUUUGAAAAUCUCUCAAGUGUCUUGGCAUCAGGUACAUGAUGGGAGUGGGAGUGUUGGCUAUGGUAACUUUAUUAUAAUGACAUUUAAAUGACCUAAAGGCAGCCUGCAACUAUAUUGAGUAUUUGGUACUCUUUCAAAAUGAUGAAAUCACAAAUCUAUUGUUUCCCACUGCACAUAAUGGGGAGGGGCUUGGUGAGGCUCAGAAAGGGGGUUUGUGUGGUAAACAGAAAGGGAAUGGUUUCGGGUGGUUCAGGGAAGUGGAGUGGUUUGAACUGCAUGGGUUGGGGCUGCUGUGGGUCUUUUAUCCAUACUUGUCUGCCUCUCUGCCCAAUCAGUAAGACAAUUUUUUCCUCCCCUCUGCUCUCAUCCUUUUCUCUCUCUUUCUUUCGAGAUUUAUUUAUUUAUUUGAAAUAAUUAGGGAGAUAGAGAUCUUCCAUCUGCUGGAUCACUCCCAAGAUGGGACACAGUGGCCAGGGCUGGACCAAGCUGAAGCCAGCUGCUAGGAGCUUCAUCUGGGUCUCCCAUGUGGAUGGCAGACACUUGGGCCUCUUCUGCUGCUUUCCCAGGUCGUUAGCAGGAAGCUGGAUCAGAAGUAGAGCAGCUGGGACUCAAAUUCUCAAAAUCAAAUAUUUGAUGGUGAAUUUGGUUGUAAAUACUUAAAAACAAUUAGAUGAAGUAUUGAUGCAUACUUAACAAAUACAAAAGAGCAAUUUUUUAAAGAAAAAUUUAUUUCAUUUAUUUGAAAGAGUUAUAUCAAGAUCUUCUGUCCACUGGUUCACUUCCCACAUGGCUGAAAUAGCCAGGGCUGGGCUGGGCUGAAGUCAGGUAUCUGGGACUCCAUCCUGGGUUCCCACGUGGGUGGCAGGGGCCCAAGCAUUUGGACCAUCUUCUGCUGCUUUGGGAGGCACAUUGGAAGGGAGCUGAGGGACCAGUGGUGUGGCAUAAUGGAUUAAGCCACCAUCUGCAGUGCCAGCAUCCUAUAUCAGUUCCUUUUUGAGUCCUGGCUGCUCCACUUCCAAUUCAGCUCCCUGCUAAUGUGCCUGGGAAAGCAGAGGAGGAUGGUCCAAGUGCUUGGGCCCUAAAAUACAUGUGGAAGACCUGGGUGAAGCUUUUGGUUCCUGGCUUCCGCCUGGCCUAGUCCUAUUCAUUACAGCCAUCUUGGGAGUGAAGUAGCAGAUGGAAGAUCUCUCUCCUCUUUCUGUAACUCUUUCAAAUAAAUAAAUACAUCUUAAAAAAAAAGAAGGGAGCUGGAUUGGAAGUGGGAGCAGCCAGGACUUAAACCAGCCCUUGUAUGGGAUACCAUACUCACAGGCAGCAGUUUACCAUGUUGCAUCACAACACUGGCUCCCAAAAGUGUAAUUUCUUAAAAUAUGCAACCUAGUUGAACAUAAAUAGAAUCAUGGUAAAUCUCUGUAUGUGAUUUUGAGAAGAUUUUUGAUACAUUUUCUGUGUCCUUUAAAUUGUUAGAUUAAAACUAGUAGCUGAGAUUUGAAUUUAUAUUUUCAAUUGCUUAAUAGAUAGUGGAAAGCAAAAUAAAUAAUUGAAAGCACCUCCCAAGUUGGCCCAAAUAAUUUAAACUAAAAUGGGUAUAUCAUAAGUUUUGCAUUAGUAGGUCUGAAUUAAUGUCUUACAAAUAUUUUUACUCCCAGUAUUUUGUUAAGAAACCCAUUAAACAGAUGAAAGCAUUUUAUAGUAAAUUUUUAAUAUGCCUACCUCCUAGAUUGUACAGUUAAUGUUUUGCUGUAUUUGCUUUAUCUAUUCAUUAGUUCAUUUUAAGAAAAUUCAUUUGAAAAUGUUGUUUUAAAACCAUUUAUAAAAUUAAUUUCUCCCUAAACAAUUUAGCUUGAGUAUUAUUAACUAGGAUUUCAUAUUCACUUGUGUGUGUGUGUGUGUUUCUUAGGUAAAAUUCACAUACAGUGAGAUGCUCAAAUUAUAUUUAUUUAUUUGAAAAUUGGAUUCACAGAGAGAGAGGGAGAGAGAAAGAUCUUCAACCUGCUCAUUCACUCCCCAGAUGGCUGCAACGGCCAGCACUGGGUCAGGCUGAAGCUGGCAGCCAGGAGCUUCAUCUGUAUCUCCCCCUUGGGUGUCAGGGGCCCAAACACUUGGACCAUCUUUGGCUGCUUUUCCCAGGAUGUUAGCGGUGAGCUGGAUCAGAAGGAGAGCAGCUGGGACAUGAACUGGUGCCCAUAUCGGAUGCUGGCAUCCUAAGCAGUGGCUUUACCUGCUGUGCUACAAUGCUGGCCCUGAAAUGCACAGAUCUUAAAUAUAUGAUUUGAUGAGUUUUGGUAAAUAACUACAUCUGUGUAGCUUAAACCCCAAGAUUUAAAAUGUUAUUAUCACCUCAAAAAGUUCCCUUCUUACCCCAUGCUAAUCAGUCCUCCAGCACUUCAGACAACCACUGUUCCACUUUCUAAAAAUUAGUGUUUUGCCUUUUUUUGAAUGUCAGAUAAUUGGAAUCAUACAGUGUGCACACUGUUUUUUCACCAUAGUUAAUAUUUUUAAUGUUCACCUGUUUUCAUUGCCUCUUCUCUUUUAUUAAAGAUUUUAUAUAUUUAUUUGAAAAGCAGAGUGGGGAUGCCGCCUGCAGUGCCAGCAUCCCAUAUGGGUGCCGGUUUGUAUCUCCACUUCUCCACUUCCAUCCAGUUCUCUGCUAUGGCCUGGGAAAGCAAUAGAAGAUGGCCCAAGUCCUUGGGCCCCUGCACCCACAUGGGAGACUGGGAAGACGCUCCUGGCUCCUGGCUUUUGAUCAGUGCAGCUCUGGCCAUUGUGGCCAGUUGGGAAGUGAACCAUCAGAUGAAAGACCUCUCUCUCUCUCUCUCUCUCUGUAACUCUGACUUUCAAAUAAAUAAUCUUCAAAAAAAAAAAAGACUUCUGAGCAAUUUGCAGAUUUUUGCUGUUUUGUAUAAAGAAUCAGUGAAUACUGUGGUGUGUAUUUUUUGCGGACAUAAUGCUAGAUUAGGGAACAUAUGCAUUUAAUCUUUAUGAGACUUCCAGAAUUUUUUCUAAAGUGAUUAUAACAGUAUAUGAGUUUUUUUAAAGUAAAGCUUUGCAUGUUUAGUGGUUGGAAUGUCAAAAUUGAAGUUAGUGAAUAAAUUUUCCAGCAUUUAAAUGAAUUAAAAAUACCAGGCAGAUAAUUUAGACAUCUGGGAAUGUUGUAGUUUAUUGAUUUUUUUCAUUUUAGCACUUAUUGCACAUAUGCAUACAUGAAGUGUUGAAAAACUAUGAGGGUAUACUUAGAAGUUUCAUUUUGAAAAUGAUCUUUAAUGUGAGAAACAUCAUCUGGGUUAAUUUUACAUGUGACAUUUGCACUUUGUUGACAUUGUUUCCUUUAUUAGAUAAACUAUCUGAUUAUCAGUUUCAGGGGAUUUGUGUAGGUAGUGUCUGUAUAUUUUGUACUAUCCUAAAAACCAUGUUCAGUCUUUAUAUUGCAGUUAUAUAUUAAUUUGUAUUAAAAGUUCUGGUAGGUUUUGGCAAUUUUAAAAACCAAAAUAGAAUCUUCAAGAGUAUUUACAUUCUUUAUUGAAUAUGAUUGUGAGGCAUUUUAAAUUUCAUUUAUGCCAUAGAAAACAAUCUGUGUAUUUAGAAAUUGUUAAAAGAGGAAAGAAUCUUAAAGGCUUGGGUUUAUGGGAUGCAUAAUUAAGUCAUCCAGCCUAAAGUGGGUUCGCUGAGGAUCCAUCCAUUAAGGUGAUAGUGCCCAUGAGUAAUAUUAAACGAUACUUUCUCCCAUCUUCUGAGUCUUGCAGGUGGGCCUGCAAAUCAAUGCCGACUUUUUUUUUUGUUAUUGAUUUGGAAAGUACAUUACAGGAUCAAGGGGAAAAUAGAUCAGAACCAAGUUUAGCAAUAAAAAUUAUAGUUAGACAGAAAUUGUUAGGAGUGGUUCAUCUGGCAUGUAGCAAAUUAGUCAAUAUUUUAUGUAACAUAAGUAGUCUAAAUAUAGAAUGUGAUUAUAUUCCAUGAUCCUAUGUACCCAAUGAACUUCAUUCUGCUUUUUGGAAUUAUUUAUCCUCUUCCUUUCCUGCCAUAUGGCCUAUGCAAUUUUCAUUUAUUUUUCAUAUGGGAGUGAGAGAGAACCUGUAAACGCUCAAGAGACAGGAAGCAGCCAUCUGCUGGUUAACUCCUAAAUGACCACAGUGGGUAGGAACAGACCAGAUGAAGCCUAGAGAUGGGAACUCGGAGAACCCGAUUCCUUGAGUCAAAGCUGCUCUUUUCAAGGUCUGCAGAAGUAGGAAGCUGGAGUCAGGAGCCAGAGUAUUGAACCCAGGUACUCCCAUAUGGGACUUAGGUGUCUUAAUGGUGUGGCUAAAUACCUGCCUCCUAAAUAAUUUUUAAAAUGGGAUUAAAAGGGAAAGGAAUAUGGACAACAUGAAGAUGGUAGUAUUUAGGGAAUACUUAGCACAUGGCAAGUGCCAUUCUAGGCAUUUAACACAUUCACCAUUCUAAUGCUCACACUAACUCUAGUGAUGUAGGUAGUGGUAUUAUAUUCAUAAUCACAUAGAAAGGGGUUAACCUACUUGUCCUGGGUCACAUAACCAGUAAGUGCCAGGCUCAGAGUUGAAACUCUGACUCCACAGUUGAUGCUCUCCUGCUUUUCUGCAGAAAAAGGGUGUGUCGAAGUCUGAGACUCUUAGGCUAGUUCUAAGUCAGCUGUAAGUAAUUUAUGAGUUCUCAGAAUCGCAUUGUUGUUCUAAUGAGUUUUUUUCUGGUGUGGGGAUUGACAGAAGGUGUUGAUGACAGUCAUUGGGACUACAACAGGGUGUUGGACUAUAGGGUGGUUUUCCCAGCUUUUAUGGUGAAAACAUUGUUUUUACUCCUGCCUUAGGGAAAUCUUAAACCACUUAAAGGGGAAUUAUAUUUUUCUCUUGGAUAACCUAGUAAAAGAGGUACAAAUUUAUGGAAAGAUAUUGUCAGUCUCUUAUUCAAUGUGUAGUGACUGCUACUGGUAGAAAUAAUACAAAAAGACAAUAAAAGUGCCUAAAGUUGCACACUGCAAAUUUAUUAGAGUUCAGAAACCGUGUCCUGUCUUUUUUGCUAAUGCUAAGAACCUCAAAGCUUUCUCUGGGCAAAUCAAGCUUGCUAAAACAAACAUAAUCAGUACAUGACAAAUACUAAUUUAAAAACUGGUAAAUUUUCUUGACUAGUAACAAUGGAUUAAUACAAUUUUAAUCAUAUUUAGUUAUGCAAAGUUUGACUCAAAACUACAUUGAUAGAAAUUAUUUUUUUUUAAAGAUUUGCUUUUUUCAAAAGAUUUAUUUAUUCGAGGGGUAGAGUUACAGUGGGGGGAAGAUAUCUUCCAUCCACUAGUUCACUCCCCAAAUGGCUGCAAUGACCAGAGCUGGCCUGAUCCGAAGCCAGGAGCCAGGAGCUUCUUCCAGGUCUCCUAUGUGGGUGCAGGGAUCCAAGGACCUGGGCCAUCUUCCACUGCUUUCCCAGGCCAUAGCAGAGAGCUGGAUCAGAAGUGGAGCAGCUGGGACUCGAACCGGUGCUCAUAUGGGAUGCCAGCACUGCAAAUGAACUCUUAGCCUACUAUGCCACAGCUCUGGCCAGAGAUUUGCUUAUUUUAUUUGAAAGGCAAAGAUACAGAGAGGGAGAGAUAUAGAGAGAACCUUCUAUCUGCUGGUGUACUCCCCAGAUGGCUGCAACAGCCAGCGCUAGGCCAACCUGAAGCCAGGAGGCAGGAUCUUCAUUUGUGUCUCUCAUGUGGGAGCAUGGGCCCAAGUACUUGGCCAUCUGCUGCUUUCCCAGGCCAUAAGCAGAGAGCAGGAGCAGAAGUGGAGGAGCUGGAACUUGAACUGGUGCCCAUAAGGGAUGCUGGCGAUUUUACCCGCUAUGCCACAGUGCUGAGCCUAAUGUUACUUUUUUUUUUUUUUUUUUUAAGAUUUAUUUACUUAUUUGAAAGGCAGAGUUACAGAGAGGCAGAGAGAGAGGUCUUCCAUCCUCUGGUUCACCCUGAAAUGGCCGCAAUGGCUGGAGCUGAGCUGAUCCAAAGCCAGGAGCCUGGAGCUUCUUCCAGGUAUUCCACGUGGUGUAGAGACCCAAGGAUUUGAGCCAUCUUCUACUGUUUUCCUAGGCCACAGUAGAGAGCUGGAUCAGAAGUGGAGUAGCCAGGACUUAUGGGAUGCCGGCACUGCAGGCGUUGGCUAUACCCCCUACACUACAGCACUGGCCCCAAAAUUACUGAUUUAAAAAGAACUCACUGAUACAUAAAAAGGAGGCUGAUGAACUAAAUCCUUGUUAUAUAACAAAGAUUACUUGAAAAAUAAUCCUAAAGACAAGAAAUCUUUAAAAUGAAAAAAAAAGGACAGUAAUGGGAAUGAGUCAUUGUUUUCUAAAAAUAAUUUCAUAUUUAAAUAUUUUCAUAAACAAAAGUGUUCAUAGAGUCAAAAUAGCAGUUUUGGAAAGUACCCGUAGUUCUGGGAAUAUAGUGAUGAAAAAAAAUUACCAAAACAGACCUCUCCCUUCGAGACUUAAUAGUUUAGUGAGAAUGACAGAUAAUUUGUUUUGCAGUUUAGAUGUUGCCCAGGUAGUAUGGCAGCUUGGUUUAAAGGGACAAUCAGGGAAAUUUUAACCUAUGUAGAGAAUGAGUAGAAGUUAAUUUAGGCCGGCGCCGCGGCUCACUAGGCUAAUCCUCCGCCUUGUGGUGCCGGCACACCAGGUUCUAGUCCCGGUUGGGGUGCCGGAUUCUGUCCCGGUUGCCCCUCUUCCAGGCCAGCUCUCUGCUAUGGCCUGGGAGGGCAGUGGAGGAUGGCCCAAGUACUUGGGCCCUGCACCCCAUGGGAGACCAGGAGAAGAGCCUGGCUCCUGCCAUCGGAUCAGUGUGGUGCGCCGGCCGCGGCGGCCAUUGGAGGGUGAACCAACAGCAAAGGAAGACCUUUC